AAAAGAAAAAAAAGACGGGCCAUCAUAACAUAAACAUCAUGCAUACAUGAAGGGCACAUCAUACAUCGAAGCUGUGCUAUAAAUAGGCAUUUUAUGCCCUUUUCCCUCUCUCCAAGCAAACGAAGUUCGCAGACUUAACAUAACAGAUGGGUGAGAAAGUCGAAGGUGCUAAGAAUGACGGAGAGAAGAAGGCCGGCGAUGCCGGUCAGAAGAAGGACGACGGCGCAGUCACUGCCGUUUUUAAAAUCAAUUUGCAUUGCGACGGUUGUGCGAAGAAAGUGAAACGAGCUGUGAAGCAUUUGGAUGGUGUGAGUGACGUGAAAGCGGAUCCUUCAUCCAAUAAACUCACUGUUACCGGUAAAGUAGACCCUGCCAUAAUUAAAACGAAACUGGAGCAGAAGACGAAAAAGAAAAUUGAAAUCAUCUCACCUCAGCCUAAAAAAGAUGGCAGCGGCGAUAAGAAACCGGACGAAAAGACUGAGAAGAAGACCGACGAAAAAGCAGAGAAGAAAACCGAUGAGAAGAAAGUAGACGGAAAGUCAGAAAAUAAGUCUGACGAAAAAGCCGAGAAGAAGCCCGAAGAGAAAAAGUCAGAAGAGAAAAAGACAGACGACAAAAAGGCCAAAGAGAGCACCGUGGUUUUGAAGAUGCGAUUACACUGCGAAGGUUGCAUUCAAAAGAUUAGGAAGGCACUCAUCAAAUUCAAAGGAGUCAAUGAGAUUUCAGUAGAUGCUCAGAAGGAUUUGAUCACAGUAAAAGGCACCAUAGAAGGAAAAGACAUUGUAGGCUACCUCAAAGACAAGUUCAAGAGAUCCGUCGACGUAGUUCCUCCCAAGAAAGAAGAACCCACCGCUGCCGGAGGCGACAAGAAAGAAAAAGAAGCCGGAGGUGGUGGUGGUGACAAGAAAGAGAACGACGGAAAAAAUGCCACCUCCAGCGGUGGAGACGGUGGUGGCCCAAAAAUGGAGGUGAGCAAGAUGGAGUAUAGCGGUUUCUCAUAUCAUCCUUCGACAUUCUACUACGACGCUCCGGUUCAUUCUCACUCUCAGUACGGUUACGCCAUGGAAGCCCAGCCAAGCUAUCCAAUCCACGGCUUCGCAAAUUCCAGCGGCUAUUACGCAAAUCAAAACUACGUACAUCAAGGUUACUCUAUGCCGAUGUACAAUCAAUCUCACGCGCCUCAAAUGUUCAGCGACGAGAAUCCAAAUGCUUGUUCCGUCAUGUGAGUAAACAAAUGUAUCCAUGAAAGUUCUUCCUAACGUAAUACAUACCCUGUAAAUGAAUUAAAGCCAUAAAAACACAAGAAGAAGAAAAAUUAGAUAGUUUUUUUGUUGUUAAAUAUGUGAUAUGUCGGCCGGCCGGCUUCGGCCGGAAAGUUGCCGGCUAGUUAGUCCAAUUCAAUUCAUUGGGGGAGUUGGUCGAUCUUUUUUCUUAUUUUAUUGUAGCUUUUGUUCGGUUCAAAUAUAUGACGUAAUAAUAGAGCUCUGUUCCAUGUAA